GUAGAAAACUGGGUAGGGGGGCAGAAUGUGGUUCGCCAGCAUUGGAGUCGGUCGCGUCGUCACAGUGCAUAGUCUCAAGAAUCUCGGAGGUAUGUAAUGGAAAAUAGAAUUAAAUAUGAUGCUAGUAUUUUAAUGGAAGGAAAAUAUUAGAAUCUAGUUAAACAUUAUAUAUAUAUAUAUAUAUAUAUAUAUAUAAUUUUUUUUUCCUUUUAAAAUUGGUUUUGUUUUCGACUGGAAAAUUUAUGACGUAACUCAUUUGUUAUUUUUAAUAGCCGCUUUAAUUAUAUUCAGCGGAACUAUUUAUUAAUGUUGGGCGUCACGAAUUUUUCUUACCCGCGACUCAGACAAAUUUUUCAAUUCAUUAUUUAUAUAUAUUUAAAUCAUUGAUUUAUAUAUUAGCCUAUUUGUAUGAGUAUCGGGCUAUUUCUUUAUAACAAUUACACGCUUUUCUGACUUCAGAAUUUUAGUUGUCUUUUUAAUCUAAGAGUUUAUAUUUUCUGGUACUUCGAAGUUUUCUCGUGUAAUUUGAACAUAUAUAAUCAAGGUUCUGACUCCUUACUGUUUCAAAUGUUCAAGAUUCUUUAAACAAAAUUUCCUCAUUCUUUUUCCCUUUUGUGACCUAUUUUCUGUCUGAUUGGUGUUAUUAAUGUGUGGUCAUUUAACAUUCAGUGUUACCAGUGUUUGGCCAUCCCACCUUUAAUGUUACCAGUGUUUGGCCAUCCCACCUUUAAUGUUACCAGUGUUUGGCCAUCCCACCUUUAAUGUUACCAGUGUUUGGCCAUCCCACCUUUAAUGUUACCAGUGUUUGGCCAUCCCACCUUUAAUGUUACCAGUGUUUGGCCAUCCCACCUUUAAUGUUACCAGUGUUUGGCCAUCCCACCUUUAAUGUUACCAGUGUUUGGCCAUCCCACCUUUAAUGUUACCAGUGUUUGGCCAUCCCACCUUUAAUGUUACCAGUGUUUGGCCAUCCCACCUUUAAUGUUACCAGUGUUUGGCCAUCCCACCUUUAAUGUUACCAGUGUUUGGUCAUUCAAUGAACUCUUGUAGGUUACUUCAGGACCUCAGCGUUUACCUUCUUCCACGAGAAAAUAUUACUAAAUUCUAGACGCACUGUUUAAUAUGCAAGAAUAGAUUAGCCUUAAUAUGUAAUAUUAGAUUAGCUUAAAUAAGUAAGGAUCGAUUAGCUUUAAUAUGAAAGGAUAGAUUAGCUUUCAUAUGAAAGGAUAUAUUAUAUUUAAUAUGAAAGGAUAGAUUAGCUUUAAUAUGAAAGGAUAGAUUAGCUUAAAUAAUAAAAUACAUUGUCCUGAUCACAAACCGUUGUAAACGAAUUUGAAAUAUUAUUGUUGCAUUUAUACGGAUAUUUUUGAAAUAAUAGACUUUGAUAUUAUUAUCAAUAGAUGUCACAAGCUUUGACGUUAAAAAUCGACAUAAAGAUAUUAAAUUGUAUACUAUAAGGCGGGACAACAUUAACUUUUGUGCAUGACCAUGAAAUAUGUCCCACGUAUUUCCUUUUGUGCAUAAAUUAAUCAAUGAAAUCAUUGGACUAAAUAUUUCCUACGUAAUUUCUUUUGUGCAUUCAGUUAAUCGAUGAAAUCAUUGAACUAAAUAUUUCCUACGUAUUUCCUUUUGUGCAUAAAUUAAUCAAUGAAAUCAUUGAACUAAAUAUCUACUACGUAUUUUCUUUUGUUCAUAAAUUAAUCCAUGAAAUCAUUGGACUAAAUAUUUCCUACGUAUUUCCUUUUAUGCAUAAAUUAAUCAAUGACAUCAUUGAACUCAAUAUCUACUACGUAUUUGCUUUUGUGCCUAAAUUAAUCCAUGAAAUCAUUGAACUAUAUAUUUCGCAUGUAUUAAUAUUAACAAGUUCAUUUGUGGAAAAAAUUAGACACGUUAAAAGCAAAUGUCCAAACAAUUGGAACGACAUUCACGGUUAAAGGUUUCAAAUAUUUUAAAAUUACCAUGAACUAUUCAUACGUCUGUAUAAUACCAGGCAUUUAUAGCUUACCAUAAUAUGAUAGUUAAAAUUAGAUAUUUAUCUUACGUAAAAACUACUGAAAUCUAAAAUGAUUAUCAAAGGCUUAUGAAGAAGGUUCUAAUAGAGAUUUUAAAUUUCGUAUUAUAUGUAUAGACUUGGAACAAGCCUUGAUGUUGUUUUUUUUUGUGGUAACAUCUGGAGUUUCUAAACAAUUAUUAUCUUUUUUUGCGUGAUCUAAUUUUCUACCAUAUAUGUUCAGUAUAACGAGAAUUGUGAUGUAUUUUUUUUUUAAAUCACGCCCCCUCCACCCCACACACUUUAUUAACCUCAAACAGAAGCGAACGAAAUGAGGAGUUCGAUCGUUGUAGCUUUGGUGGUCAGUAUUUGCGCCCUGAACCCUGCCUGGGGAGACGUGACCUGGAUGACACAGCUACUGACCGAGUGGAACUUUGAAUGCUCUGCUGGUACGAGCUUGAAGACCAUGCAGUCUUAUCAAGUGUUCCAGAAUCACGACAGGCUGUGGAACUUCACCUGUGGCGGAACCGACGCCAAGCUCACGAACGCCACCUGUGAGUGGAGCGCCUACGCCAACGACUUCAACACACAGUUCCUCUUUCAAUGUCCCAACGAUGGCGUAAUCGCAGGUAUACGGUAUUACGGUCAAACGGAAGCGGACAUAUUACAUUUUUUAAUGUAUUCGAUUUAUCGAAAUCUCUACCUAUUGUUUAUGUAUUAAGUAUAAAUAGGAAAAUAAAAGUCAGGGUAGGGAAAAUCUGAAAGAAACUAAAUCAAAGCAACCAAAGUGUCAUCAAAAAUGACUGCGCCAUGAAACAAAACCACUUUAUUUAGAGAAGAAUCAAAGGGGGGAGGGGGGGAGGUAGAUCAGAGAGAAAAAACAGCAGAAUUUUAAAAAAAAAAUAAUGUUUUUUUUCCGGAAUUCGACCUACCGUUAAGAGUACGAUUAGUAGUUGAUAAACUACCUUAGCAUGGACGUAUCAAUAUACAUUUCUACAUGGGCCUAUGAAUAACACAGGUAAAAUAUUUUUAUCUGGUUCUAGGUCUGGUAGUGUCCGUUACUGCAUCCAUAUACUGGAAUGCAUAUACUAUUUUUAAAUGGGAAUAUUGGUUGGAUAACUGGAGUGAGUGGUCGUGUGAUGUGACUACUGGUUGAGUGUUCAUAUAUUAUUUUACUAUUACACACCUUAGGGAAAGGGUCAGCGAAUUCUUUUAUCCACUAGGUCAAACUAUAAUUAAACAUGUAUAUGAUAAAUAGCCAUGUUUUUCCUUUAUAUUUAUUUUAUCACAGGCAUGGCAUCCUACCACAACAACUACGACAGACGGUAUCAGUUCCUCUGUUGUUUUCCAACUGGCUACAUCGCGCAUGCGUGUCAGUUCACUCCGAACGUCAACUCCCUGGGAGUGUUCAUGAGCUAUCGCCGACCAGAUAAUUGGUACAUCCGGGGAGUGGGCAGUGAAUGGGACAGAGCAAGUAACGGAUACUAUGACCGGGUGUUCAGCUUCAGCCUCUGCAAACUGGACAAACUGGUUCCUUCAAAUUGUUCAGUAUAAAUUAUAUGUUCCCUUUAAUGUUUCAGUAUAAGCGACAUGCUCCUUCUCGUUGUUCAGGAUACAUUAUAUGUCCAUUCAGACUGAUCCGUAAAUGUAAUAUUUUGCUACAUUUUAAGCUAUUUACUCGGAUUUUAUUUCCUUUAUUAAAAACAGUGUAUCAAAAUAAAGACAUCUUUGCCACUA